CUCUUUUUUAUACAUUUAUAAUGAUUUUUUAAAUUUUGCAUGUCGCCAAAAAAACAAUUAUGUAAUGGUCAAAUAAGGAUACACUUUUUUACUUCUUAUUUUUUAUAAACCUCGAGUUUUCGUAUCUUAAAAAGCCCCUUUAACAGAGGAAUUCCUCCUAUUAUUCACUUUUGCUACGCAGUUAUGAAUGAAUGAGCUCUGGUACGCAUGCGCCAAAUCCCUUUAAGUUUAUAAACAAGGCCUCCACGCAGCGGGUCACGUGACCAGCCACAGCGGUAUUCUGUGUCGAUUCAGAGACAAAGGAUUCCCUAAAGGCUUCCUACCUUCUCCAUUUUAAUGACGCAAUAUAUGACAUGUCUUGCUAUGAUAACAGCCUGUCAGACGUGUUUACUUAUGUGUGCGUUCAGAAACAUUUGCCUAUUACGAUAUUUUUAUUCGCUCCAUUGAUCCGUUCAUUAUGUCUUACUGAAACCACCAAAUGACAAUCAAAAAUGCGUUUAGCACCAUUCAGACGCAUGCAAUCUUUUUUUGAGUGAUUAUUGUCAAGUCUUUCUGAAGAAGCAUUUUAAAUAGGUGCAGCAGUUUCAAUUUUUAUAUGAAAGCUCACAAUUAUUUUUGUCCGUUUUUGUUUCGCAUGAAAUCAGCUGAUGUGGCAGCAUAUGAUGAUGGAAGCUGAGUAAACUGACCUGCAGCCUGUUCAAAGAGAGGAAACAGUAGAACAUUGUGACAAUGGAUGAGUCUUUCGAUCCACUCAAGUGCAACGAGGACCUGCCUUCCUCACCUGCAUGCCACAUGGAUUAUGAUGAUCUGCCAGAGCUGCAGGAGGUAGAGGAGGACCAGCGGUCUCCAGGGUUAUUUCAGGUUGGAGCAGGAGUUUCCCACCAGGAGCUCAGCUGCUCCCCCAGCACCAACUGGCUCACUGAGCUAGCUAACAUUGCCACCAAUCCUCAGACCUCCCUGCUAAAGAGUGCCCCCCUCAAGAGAUCAUCUCCAGUCCACAUUAGUAAUAGUUUACAUUCCUACGCCCGGCCCCCAUUAGCCAGCAGUGCCCCCAACCCGUCCAGAGGCUACCUCAGGGAGCGCAGGCGUGUCAGGGCCAGCAGUGAGUCAGAAUCUGGAGUUUUCUCAAUGUCCUCAUCUUUUUCUGAUGACGAAGACAUGGCCUGGUCUCACUCCUGGCCCUCCACAGCCUGGCAUUGCUUCCUUAAAGGAACUCGCCUGCGCUUCCACAGAGGUCCUAAUGUGGAGUGGCAGGACGCUGAUGAACUGGGGGAUUCUGAUGAGGACACAGAUGAUGAAACCAUGAGGCCAUCCACCUUCUCUUUAAAGAGAUUCGGUUCAGAGGGGAUGAAGUUGGUGAGCCAUGAAGAGACAGUGUCUUUCGGCCAGGCUGUUCUCAAACUGACCUUUGACCCCGGCUCACCUGAGGAGGGCCUUCUGACAGCUGAAUGCCGAUUGGAUCACCCAUUUUAUGUCAAAAACAGAGGGUGGUGUUCCUUUUAUCCGAGCCUCACCGUGGUGCACCAUGGGAUUCCUUGUUACGAGAUGCAGAUGGGCAAUGUGUGCCUGCCCCCAAACCACCCAGAAGCGAUCAACUGCGAUGACUCUGUUGUCUUCGACACCUUCAGAAGUUAUGACUUCACCCCUCUAGACUCCUCCGCAGUGUAUGUCCUGAGCAGCAUGGCCCGUCAGCGCAGGACCUCCCUGUCCAGCAGCGGCGCCGUCAGUCCAGACUGUGACAAACUGGAGCGCUCCGGCUCCCCACAAUCCUCCACCGGCAAAUCCAACAGGAGCAACACCUCAGGGACAGCCAGCAGUGCCACGCCUACAAAAUGCAAGCGUCCAAUGAAUGCCUUCAUGCUCUUCGCCAAGAAGUACAGAGUGGAGUUCACACAGAUGUAUCCUGGGAAGGACAACAGAGCCAUUAGUGUCAUCCUGGGUGACAAGUGGAAGAAGAUGAAGAAUGAGGAGCGGAGGCUGUACACCAUGGAGGCCAAAGCUCUGGCCGAGGAGCAGAAAAGACUCAAUCCAGACUGCUGGAAACGUAAAAGAACCAACUCGGGCUCCCAGCAGACCUAGAUAAUCCCCCAGAAUCCCCGGCUGCAUUUGCUUUGGCAUGACGAGGUGCUGGAGAGAGUCCGACGGACCGCUUGAUGCCUCUUUGCUCUCUCUCGAUUCUUGAGACCCGACUGUGACGCUGAGUUCACUCGCUUUUUGUAACCUUGAAGCAUUAUUAGAGACACCCCAGAAUUAUGACCUAUAAACAAAACAUGUAAUCUAGUCACUAACAGUGCAUAUAUUUUCUUAUAUCUUUGAUGUCAAAGGCUUCUUAUUCCCCCGAUAAGAAAGAACUUUCUCAUGUAUUUCAGGUUAUUUUAUAUUCAAGGGCGAUAAGAGCUGAAAGCAUGUGGUGCUAUGCUUCGGUGUAAAAAGGAGCAGCACACGACAAGUGUGUAUUAAUAACUGUAAAAAAGGGGGAUUUUAGCAAACUUUUCCACAACUUUUCAAAUGGAUUAUAUUUGUAAAGUUCAAUAUAUUGCAUCCUUUAAUGCAUUUUGUAAUGCAGUAUAUCCUGCAGCUGAACCUUUGCCAACUGUUUGUGAUGCUGCCCUGCCACGUCUGUAGACUUUAGCCCAGCCACCCGGCCAUAUGACGAGACGCUUCAGCAUGUGGUGGUGGGUUUACACUCAGUCACAAAGCACUUCAGACCUUCGCUGUAAGUGUUUCUUUUGCACUUUAUAUAAAUAUGUAAUCUAAUCAUAUACAGCCAUUGUAUACUGGUGGAAACCAUUUGUAUCAUACAGCUAGUAUCUUGACAGUUAGCCGCUUGACACACAAUCAUGGCCCAGUCGCCGUGUUCUGCUUUCAGGUUGAAUUUUAAGUGCUUUGUUCAUAAUGUACAGGUCUCACAGCCCCAACAACCUCUUGCACAAAAUAUUCUUGUAUCAUAUUAUAAAUAAUUUUUUAAACUUGCAUCUUAUACAAGUGUUUGGUUCUUUACAUAAACUGUAAUCACAA